AUGGACUCCAACCCCGACACAGCAGGCAACCCGCAAGACCUCGAAGAUCAGUUCGACGGCGAGACAGCGGACAACGCGCAGGAGAUUGAGAUGCACUUCGCGGAGAAGACAGCCGAGUAUCUCAAUGCAUAUGAAAAGCUCCUCGGCGCGGUCCCGCCGAGGCAGGUCAAGCUCUCACCCAUCGACGCCGAGCUCCUCGACUCCUUCUUGGACUUCUUCCCAGAGUACAAGCUCGACGCUGCGCUCGCAUUAUUGGACGAGGACGAGAUGAAAUCGAUGAGCGGUAAGGAGCGAUGGAGGAGCUUCACCAUGCCUUAUGAGAGCCGUGUGGAGGACUUCAACUUCGGGACACUGGUCCGAAGGAAUGCGAUUGCGGAUGAGCCGUAUGGGCAGGACAACUGCAUCUUGGUCACGCGCGUCCAGUUCUUGGCCAUUGAGAUCGCCCGUAACAGAGCUGGUCUCAACGACAAGGUCUACAACGCGGCGCAGGCGGCGAUGGCUGUUAGCUCGUAA